AUCGCGUCACCACGACGACUCCCCUCUCCCUCCUCCCCUCGGCUUCCCUUCCCUCCCAGGCGACGAUCUCGACCGCAUCCCACCUGGCUUGGCUUCCCUAGAAAACCUCCCCAAAUCCGGUGAUCCUAUUCCUGUUUCCCCACUUCCCCGGAACUUUCUAGAAGGCCCGGAGGACCCUGCUUCGGAGCUGCCGGCGGCGAGAUCCAGGGAGCCUUCCGCCAUGGUGAAGGAGAGCGCCUACUACGACGUCCUCGGGGUCAGCGUCGACGCGUCCCCCGCCGAGAUCAAGAAGGCGUACUACCUCAAGGCGAAACUGGUGCAUCCGGAUAAGAAUCCUGGGAACCCCGACGCCGCACAGAAAUUUCAGGAACUUGGGGAGGCCUAUCAAGUCCUAAGUGAUCCUGGGAAAAAGGAGGCUUAUGAUAAGUAUGGAAAGGAGGGUAUUCCCCAGGAUAACAUGGUAGAUCCCGCUGCUGUAUUUGGGAUGCUUUUUGGAAGUGACUACUUUGAAGAUUAUGUUGGCCAGCUUGCUCUAGCAUCUAUAGCUUCAGUGGAAGUUGAUGAAAACUCAAACAGUCAAGAGGCAAGAGCAAAGGUUCAAGAAAAAAUAAAGGAGUUACAAAAAGAAAGAGAACAAAAGCUCACUCAGAGCCUAAAGGACCGUCUUCAACCGUAUGUAGAUGGGAGAAAGGAUGAAUUUGUGAGCUGGGCUAGUGCAGAAGGUCGGCGUUUAUCCGAAGCAGCAUUUGGUGAGGCUAUGCUUCACACUAUUGGGUAUAUUUAUGUGCGGCAAGCAGCAAGAGAACUUGGAAAGAGUAAACUUUAUAUGGGUGUACCAUUCAUAGCUGAGUGGGUUAGGGACAAGGGUCACCACAUUAAAUCACAGGUUAAUGCUGCUUCAGGUGCUAUCUCUCUGAUACAACUCCAAGAAGGAAUGAAAAAGAUGGAGGGAAGUGAGAACAAUGAAGAGGAGCUUAUGAAGAUUUUCGAGGAGAAAAAGGAGGCCAUGCUUAGUUCACUAUGGAAGAUUAAUGUGGUUGAUAUUGAGUCGACACUUUCACGUGUCUGCCAAGCGGUUCUGAAAGAUAGCACUGUCUCCAAAGAGGUUCUGAAGUUGCGAGCCAAAGCGUUGAAAAAGCUUGGGACAAUAUUCCAGGGUGCAAAGUCUCUCUACCAUCGUGAAAACAGCCUGCGCGUCGAAACAAGCACAGAUCAACAGGCAACGCCAUCACAGUGAAGCCUGGAAAACACCCAUGUAACAGGAGAUUUUGUCAUUUGUUUUGUUAGGGUUUCGCCUGUAUCUGUUUGCUAACAUUCAGACAGUGCACUGAUAAAAAAAAAUUCAGACAGCGCAGACCGUUCCUGAUAUUGCCGGUGGGUGUACCAACUUUUUUUAUUUUCUCUGUAGAAAAAUCUGAGUGGUGAACACGAAGCAGUGAACUGCGGUUAAUGCAGCAUUACAAGUUGUAGCUCCAUUUCCUUUUUGAAUGGUAGCAAAGCAUUGCGCUA